UCUACUCUACUCUACUCUACUCUACUCUACUCUACUCUACUCUACUCUACUCUCCUCUCCUCUGCUCUCCCCUCUACACUCCUCUUCUCUCCUCUACUCUGCUCUGUUCUCCUCUCUCCUCUCCUCUGCCCUCUCCUCUCCUCUAAUCUUUGCUCUCCUCUACUCUCCUCUCUCCUCUCUCCUAUACUCAGUUCUACUCUACUCUCUCUUUUACUCUGCUCUCCUCGCUCAUCCCCUUUCUCCUAUCCUCUCUCCUCUCCUCUCCUCUCCUCACUCCUCUCCCCUCUCUCCUCUACUCUGCUGUCCGCUCUCCUCUCCUCUAUUCUCGUCUCCUCUCAUCUCCUCCCCUCUCUCCUCUACUCUCCACUCUCCACUACUCUGGUCUACUCUACUCUCUCCAGUACUCUCCUCUCAUAUGCCAAGCUCUCCUCUCUCCUCCUCUUUCCUCUCCACUCCUCUGCUCUACACUCCUCUCUCUUCAAUUCUGCUAUCCUAUCCCAUCCUAUACUCUUUCCUCUCCCCUCUCCUCUCCUCUCUCCUCUACUCUGCUUUCCCCUCUACACUCCCCUCCUCUACUCUAAUCUCCUCUCUCCUGUACUCUCUCCUCUAAUCUUCGCUCUCCUCUUCUCUCCUCUCCUCUCUACUCUCCUCUCCUUUCUGCUCCCUCCUCUACUGUCCUCUCUCCUCUGCUCUCCUCCCUCCCUCAUCUCUCCUCUACUCUCCUCUCUCCCCUCCUCUACUCUCUCAGCUACCCUCCUCUUCUCUCCACUCCUCUCUCCCCCUCCUCUCUAUUCUCCUCUCUCCUAUACUCUCCUCUCUCCUUUACUCUGCUCUACUCUCCUCUAUCCUAUGCUCUCCUCUCUCCACUAUUCUCCUCUCUGCUCUCCUCUGCUCUCCUCUCUCCUCUCCUCUCCUCUCUCCUCCUCUCUCCUCUACGUUCCUCUCUCCUCUGCCCUCAUCUCUCCUCUACUCUCCUCUACUCUCAUCUCCUCUCUCUCUCCUCUACUCUGUUUUAUUCUUCUCUCUCUUUUACUCUGCUCUCCUCUCUCUCCUCUGCUCUCUCCUGUACUCACCUCUCAUCUUCUCUACUCUCCUCUCCUCUCUCCUUCUCUCAUUAUCUAUUUCUCUCUCUGCUCAGCAACAGAAAAACAGAAGUGGUCUGAGCUGAAAUAACCACUGAAAGAAGGACCAGUUGCAGACAUAGACAUACUUAUUAUUCUGUUUAUGUACAUCAUUAACUGCAGUUACAUUCACAUUUAUAACAAUGGAAAUAUUUACAUUUACAUCAAACUCAACAGCGAAAAACAGUUUGUAACUAGGAGUACAGCUAUUGACGGAAGUGUCGUUUCUCAGCAGGUUUGGAGAGCAUUUUAGCUAACCCUAACCCUUUUCCUAACCUUAUCCUAAUUCUCCUAACCUGCUACGCAAGUUCUCCUAACCUGCUACGAAAAAGUAAUUUCAAUCCAUAGCUGUAGACGAUCUAGUAAAAACCCUAAAACAGUGUCUCGAUGUCAAUCCCCAUAGAAACAAUACAGGCCACUGUUUCUGCGGUAUCUUUGUGUUGUUUCUACUUCUUUUGAAGGUGUCAAAUGACUAGAUAUGUUAUUUUUAGGGUGAGAUAAUAUUCUGUGUUUUAAAAUGUAAAGACAACCCAUCACUAUGACUUAUUUCUCUCUCUCUGCUCAGUCUCAGAAAAACAGAAGUGGUUUGAGCUGAAAUAACCACUAAAAGAAGGACCAGUUGCAGACAUAUACAUUAAUAUUCAAUAUUCUGUGUACAUCUACAUCAUUGGUUGUAGUUACAUUCACCUCUCUAACAUUUGAAAUUCACUCAUCUGUCCUUUUUUAUACUGAUUCUUUACACACAGUUAUGUGCUGCUUCAAUACGCUGGUAAGAGGAAUAUACCCUGGUAUUACAGGAACGUGAUUGGAUGUCCACUUCAGUCCUUGACAGGUUUAGAACAUAUUGGUACAUAUGCAGAAACAUACAUAAAAUGUGAUGUCAUACACAAACAGGUAGAAUCUGCCUUAAUAUACGGACAGUGGGUCAUCAAAAGUCACACAACAAAUAGACACCACCAAAGCAAUAAAUAGUCAUAUUAAAUGUCUUUAGUGAUGGAGAAAACGAUUUGCAUAGUUUGAGAGCUCUUGUGAAUGAUCUGUGGUGUCUGGUAGUGCAGUGUGUUACAUUGAACUCCUCAGAUCAUACUGUUACUGUGUAGGGGUUAGACACUUGUUCAGAGGACUGGUGGUUGUGCAGGAGCACUUUGAAGGCCUUGGGAGGGAGUUGUAGGAAGUGCCAAUGAUGUGGCAGCAGCAUUUCUGAAUGACUUCCAAUCCUGGAGAGACAAGAGACUUGAUUAUACUGAUAUGUCAUGUUGACGUGUUGACUAUGUCACUUGACUAUGUCAUUUGACUUAUUUCCGUCCUGUAAACUAUUUAGAUACAAUUAGGAUGUACACAGAAUGAGAGGAGUGGAGAAAUGCCAAGUCUGAUUAACCAUUCAAAUGAAUAUGACAGUGGAGGCUCCUCAGGGGAGCAAGGGGAGGAAUUGUGAAUUUCAUAAAACACUUGAAAAAGAAAAUAUUUUUAGAUACAACUAAACUAAAAAUAUUCACGUCACCAGUUGUUUUGUAAUGAAGGUCUACAGUAGCUUCAACAUCACUCUAUAGGGUAGGUAGCACCAUGGUGUAGCUGGAGGACAGCUAGUUUCCACCCUCCUCUGGGCACAUUGACUUCCAUACAAAACCUAAGAGGCUUAUCGUACUCACCCUCUUCCACAGUAACUAUGAGAACUUCCGAAAGACGUCCGCCAACCUAUCAGAGCUCUUGCAGCAUGAACUGACAAAUUGUCAGCGGUUACGAUAUGAAGGUUUGGCUUGGAAGUGUUUUGUCGUCUGGUCACAGACAGCUGAGGUGUUUUGCACUGGAUCCCACAAGCGAAGGGAAAGGGUGAGAGGAGGAGAGUGUAGAUGUGAGAAGGAAUUAACAAGCAAAGUGAUCAUGCUGUUUGUUUAUGGCUACGAUGAAUGUGACCUGUAUUUGCCUGUGAUCAGGGGUGUAUUCAUUCUAGUAUCAUGUAGUAGCAUAAACUUAUCAAUGUUACACUGAGCUGGGUGACUGGAAUAUGAAUGAAUCAUCCAAUUAAAUGGCACCGACCACCACUUGUAUAUGACCACAUUAAUGCCAAAUCCCUGCAUCACUAAUACAGACUCUCAUACAUGUGAAGAAGGCCUUGUCGUGACGUUGUAUUAAUUAAUAUGAUGACUGUUGCUCAUCGAAUGAUUACAAGUUUCAAAUUACGUGAUUAACUGAAUCAAGCAAUUAUUAACUCAUUAACCUGGGGCACCAUGGGAAAACUAUUUUUUAGUCAGUUUCUAUUUCCCAAAUCAACUCAGAGUAUAAGAAUAUCGAUUUUACAACAGCUGCUAAUUAACUACUUGCCUCUAACAAUCUCGUUCUGAACGUCGAAUUUCAAAAGAGAGAGAAAAAAUAAAGUACACAAGAGAAAUAUACAUUUGGGUGAAUUUGUCAGCUAUGCUAUUCUAACCCUAGCCUUGCCCCAAACUGCCGCUCUUAUGGGUCAGAAUAUAAUGAUGUAAUUACGUGGGGAUGAUCUCAGAGGAUUCUCUGAGUGGACCGUUCCGCUGUUCGAUGACGCACUUCUCCUGCGCACUUCCCUGCUCGUCCCCCGGUGUCAGUGUCCUUUUUGGCUUAGGAGUCUGUACCGUCACCCUUUUCUCUGGAAGGGGUCUUCUGAGGACAGACAGCUCUGUAGCUCAGAGCUCACAGCAUAGGACUCAAAUCCAAUUUUAGACUACCUUAACAUUUAAUCUUCCCCAAAACAUUCUCUUUGAUUUUGAUAUUUUCCAUACAACGUACAAUGUAUAAACAUCAGACAUAUACUAGGAAAACCCUUCACAUUACAAUGUUUUCAUAAUAACGUCAUCUAUUAACCUUUAAUAACAGAACAAAAAUGACAUACAUUUUCAUAUUCCAUCUAUCGUCAUGACCACCAUUGUGGCUGAAGAAAACCAUUGUUCCAAAGUCCCUUUAGUUCAUGUUUAAUGUUCUGAGGCUGGUUCUCCAUAGCAGCAAGACAAAGGAAUUUGUCUGUGGCCAGAGAUUUACCAGGGGAGUGAGGGGCCAUAAAACCCCCCACAUCUUCAGACCCCUAGAUCCCUCCUCCUCUGUUGGGGUUGAGAGAUAAUCUGUAGGGUUGUGGUCUCCUGUAACCUGACCUGAUCAGGACAGUCAUGACAGCCUUCAACUGCUGGUGAGCUGGAGGAUUCUCACCAAGGUGUCAGAAACUAGAUUAAAACCAUGACCACUUUGAGGAAGUGAUGCUAUAGUGAUGAAUAGAGAUGCUGCUGUAUGGUGAGAAACUCAUAGUGCUGAGACACUCUGACAGAGGAAAGAUACAGAGAAACAUACACACACAGAGACAGAUGAGAGAGACAGAGAGACAGAGAGACAGACCAGAGAGAGAGAGAGAGAGAGACAGAAAGACAGAAAGACAGAGAGAGAGAGAGAGAGAGGAUCAUGGCUGACAUCCCUCAAUCAUUUUUGGGAUUGCUUGUGACCGUUUUGUACCUACUAACAGGUGUCAGUGGAGAAACUCUCUCUAUGUUCUCCAGAGUGGGAGAUAAUGUCAGUCUGCCGUGUAACAAUGUGGUUUAUCCAAACUGUUCCUCAACUACAUGGAUCUAUAACAGAGAUGGAUCUACUGGUACUAUUGAAGAGGUCACAUUGGGGAAGAUCAAAGUUGACCAGACAGAGAGAGCAGAGAGACUGAGUUUAGGGUCCUACUGUUCUCUACAUGUUAGUGAUGUCAGAGCUGAGGAUUUUGGACUCUACAUCUGUCAACAGUUCCUUACAGAGACUGGACCAAAACAUGGAGUCUCCUCUACCACAGCAGUGACAGAUCUGAAGCCUAAUGUAAAUAUGAAAUUACAGUGUUCUCUGCUCACCUAUAAGCAACUUGGAACAUGCCAGUCAAGAUUUAGUCUCAGCUGGGUCCCUAAAACAGGUACUAAUGCCCAGGACACACAGGAUUCUUCCUGUGACAUCACUCUGACUGUGACACUCCAGAAGAAGGACAACAACAGGAAGUGGACGUGCACGCUGACUGAAAAGGGAAACAUGAAGAUCUCCAUUGACUUCACCUUCACAUUCUCAGAUAUUGAAGAAAAGACCACUGAUAGUGAUGAUGUCAUCUCUACUGUCCCAGGAAGUACAGCCUCUACUACAAGACCAGCCUUGUCAACCACCUCCCCAUCUUCUGCUGGCUCUCAGGACCUCUUCCUCACGGUGACUGUAGGAGUGUCUUUGGCAGCAGUGGUGUGUGUCACUGCUGUUGUCAUCAUAGUACGCAGGAGGAGAGACAAGAAUCAAGUGCCAACUGAUAACUGCAUUGGUCUGAAUGCAGUAAACCACUCCACCCCACCAACCAAUGAGGACCAGAGUCAACCUGCUGACAGAAUCACCUAUGCCUCCAUUGACCACUUCAAUCAAAAUCCCCCUGAGAGAGUUGAUGCCCAAGGUGAAGAUGCAGUGAUGUAUGCCUCAGUUAUGCCCUAUUCUGGCAGAGGGAGAGAGACAGAGAACCCUGCUGACCCCAGCUCCCUCUACUCCACUGUCAAGUAACCUCAGGGAGACAAGACAUAAGGAGAGACAGAGAACCCUGCUGACCCCAGCUCCCUCUACUCCACUGUCAAGUAACCUCAGGGAGACAAGACAUAAGGAGAGACAGAGAACCCUGCUGACCCCAGCUCCCUCUACUCCACUGUCAAGUAACCUCAGGGAGACAAGACUUAAGGAGAGACAGAGAACCCUGCUGACCCCAGCUCCCUAUACUCCACUGUCAAGUAACCUCAGGGAGACAAGACAUAAGGAGAGACAGAGAACCCUGCUGACCCCAGCUCCCUCUACUCCACUGUCAAGUAACCUCAGGGAGACAAGACAUCAACAUGAAGACUACACUCUCUCAUUCACACCCUGAUUCCAGACCUGAUUUGGUUCUAGGAAUAGAGAUUUUUGUGCUAUUAAUUAAAAGGGACAAUCUGCACUAGUUACAUCCAUUUCUGGACAUAUUAAUUAAUGAUAUACACCCAUUGACUCUAGAAAAAUAAAAUGUAGAAAUGCCUCAUGAGUUUAGUUAAACUGUCAUAACCCAUCAGAACCCAAAAUAUAUGCUUGUAUUACUCCAAUGUUUGUAAUCAAAUGAAAUGUAUACAAACACAAUGUAUAGCCUCAAAACAAUGUUUAAACUAUAAUAUUGAUAUCAUGGAUGGCCAGUCCUUGCAUCUAUAGCUCUGACUAUGAGAGUGGUUCUCCAGCCCCAUCCCUCAGCUUUUCAGCAAAACAAUGGCGGAGAGUGUGAUUGCUUAAUGUUUCAACUGCUGAUUGCCUCUUUAAGAUGUGUAUAUUUGAUUGAUGUAGACCAAUGAGUUGGGAGACAGGAAAAGUGGAAGAGUUUGAGAGUCAGAAAGGCAUGCUUCAGAUUCAAAUUCAUGCUGACUCUGAUAGCCUGGGCUAUACAGUAAUAUACUGCAUAUGCACAUAUAAAAUAUUACUGCCCAAUGUUACACACUACUAUCCAGUGUGUACAACUUCUACUACAAGACCAGAGUGCGGCUACUUUGCAAGAAUCUCAAAUGUAAAAUAUUGUUUUGGUUACUACAUGAUUCCAUAUGUGGUAUUUUAUAGUUUUGAUGUCUUCACUAUUAUUCUACAAUGUAGACAAUAUUCAAAAUAAGGAAAAACCCUUGAAUGAGUAGGUGUGUCCAAACUUCUGACUGGUAUUGUAUGUGAAUGAGUUUGCUAAAAUAUCUAAAAAUAGGUUUUCAUUAUGA